AUGGAGAUCCACGGGAUUGGUGUAAGCAAAUCGCCAGUUCUGCCUGCCGCUGCCGAGCUGUACCAAGCUUUCUGCGCGCGCCAGGAAACGACAAGUCUGGGGUUGGGUGUUGAGAACCAUUUCUAUGCUGGCUAUCAGCAUUCCCAACUCGACUGGUCCAGGCCAGUUCAUGGAAUUCUGGUGGACUUCAAGGGGGACAGCAUGCAGCUUGGGAUGCUCCUUGCACGCCUCGAAUCAUGCCAAGAGCAGUAUGUUUUCAUCGGGGCGCCCCCGCCCUUCAAUGGUGGAUGGCAUUUCACUGCACUCAAUGACUUCGAGCACAUCCAUGAGCAGAAAGGACUUGACCCAAGCUGGGAAGGUUUUCGCAUAUGGCAUCGAGUGAACUAUGUGCCUUCAUCCACUGAAGGAGGGCUUCCGGCGUUGGUUGCAAGGGAAGAGUUUGAUCCCAAAAACAAGCAUGCCGGCGCAGUUCCCAUAGGGGACACAUUCAAGCUCAGCACAAUCAUUUUAACAGGUGGCCUGAUGCCACACACGUUGAAUGCAACCAUCAUGGCUGACGGCGGUGACGCCGCAGAAGUCCUCAAGAAGCAUUUUGAGCUUGGCACCCGCUUUGCCACCAUCGGCCACGGCUUGGACGUGUUGUUGGCGCUUGGCGGAGCGGACAAGUCGUUGUUCUCGGGAUUUCAGGCAGCUGUGUUUCCAAAGCAGGACCAUCUGCUGUCGAUCAACGGCCUACAACCUCCAGGCGACGGGGCGAAAGUCUGCAGCUCCACCUCCCAGGGAGUGGAGCUGGUGUCGGCCAGCUAUUGGGGCAAAGACACGGCGGAGGCCUUCUUUACCGCCUUGGGCUUGGCUUCAACCAGGAUGGACACCAGCUUCGCUGCGUCUCGCAGAGUGCAGAGGUUGGGUAGCUGUGAGACGGCCUUCUGCUUCGAUGCAAAGAAGCUGGAGGGCAUGUCCGGGAGCUGCAUCAGUGGCGAUCCGGCAGCUCCCAGGGUGGCCUUCUUCGUGGACGAGGUGGCCGAUCCCAUCGAGGCCUACACCAUCAUCGACCACCUGGUGAGCCUGAAGUUCAGUGUUCAUCUGAUCAGCCGGAGUGCAAGUGACCCAGAGGUGAGGAUCAGAGAUGUGCGAUCCGAAACUGUGUGGGGCAAUGCGAUGUAUGCGUUGAAAGACUGCUGCUGCUUGCUGCCGACGACGCCGGCGAAUCUCGUAGACAAGUCGCUUCAGUUUGAUGGGUUCUUUGUGGCAGGUGGGCAGCAGGAUCCUGCAGUGACGGCGAUUAUGGAUGCGGCGCCGUACGCUGCGGCGGUCUGCCACGGGCCUGAAGCGCUAAUUGGGUCAAAGUGGCUUCAUCCAGGUGAUGGUAAGGUCGGCCCGUUCAUUUCGUACUACGGGGCAUGGAUGAGCUUUCGCGAUAUUCCAGGCUACGAGCGUAAGAAGCCAGGUGAGAUCUGCGAAGACGCCUCCGGGCGGCUCUUCACCGGAAACGCUCCGAACUCCACGAAGGCCAUGGUCGUGAGGGCUUGCGAAGCCAUCUCUGCGUCCAAGAAGUGUCCGGCAUCUCGUCGGCCCCCAAUACCAUCGCCCCGGCAGCAGCUGGAGGAGCGGAUCCGUGCCGCGGAAGCUGAAUAUGGAUUCGACCUUCCCUUGCAAGACCGACUGGCGCUGGCGGAGCAAGGCCCGGGAGUCCCUCAAAUUUCGGGCCCGGUGCGCCUGCCCGACCGGUUACCAGACACCAGUCCUCCAAACCUUCGCAGUGCCCGCCGGGAUCUCCAUCGUCUCAACCAUCCGACGCCAACCGAAGGCCCGCGGUUCUUGAUGAGAGAUUCCUACUGGGAGCAACGUCAGGGCGAGCGAAUUCGGGAGCAACCCGAAGCCAUGCAUCGGCGGGGGCUUCUGAAAGAGGACCCGGAGGUGCUGCCCUUCCGAGCCAAACCCAUCCCGGUGGGGGUGCUGACUCCCCGCAUGCAGGCAAGGAGUCGCUCCGCGGAAGGUGUGGCCAUGCGUGAGACAGACCGAGAGGAUCAGCCCUUUCGCGCAAGGCCUGUUCCUUGGCGCGUCUCAACACCCAUGUACGAGCAGCUCUUGCUCGAAGAGAGGGAGACGAGGCAAAGACGAUGCCGUUCGCGCAGCUUGGAGCUCCUGCGCUCGGCCUCCUUGCCGCAGGGGCACCCGGACAUCCUCCACGCGCGGCGCCUCGCCUGGAGGCUGCUCGUGCCGGGCCCAGGGCUCUACUUGGAGGGCGCCUGGAGCUGGAGCGCGGACAGGCUCGUCGGUUGGAUUUUUGUCUUGCAAGGGGUGAUCAUCUAUAUUGAUGGGCCCAACCCCCACGAGGAUCGGGUUUGGAUUCCCGAGAUCUUCUUGCGAGCGUUCUUCGGCCCACUUUACCUGGGGCUCGAGGCACAGGCUCACAAUGGCUACCUCGCAGCGAACUGGAUGCGCCAUGCGGGCGCCCGUGUUGGCGCCGUGUUGGUGGGCUGCUCCAUUAACCGCAUCUCCGUGGACGGGCGGAUCUGGCACUGGUACGUUUGGCUCGGCUUGACCACCGCCAUCCUCGCGGGGUUGGCGGGAGUGGUUGACCUUGUCUUCCUAGCGUGGCAGGAGUGGGAGGAGGAGUGGGAGGAGAGGAGGGCAGCCGCUCACCCGGCCGAAGGCAGUGAGACUCUGAGCUUGGCAACCAUGGGUGCUACUGUUCUCAUUUUCACGCACGUAGAGUUGGUGUUUCAGUUGAAAUGUACUCAGAAGCUCUUUGACGCAGCCGGGUGUUGCGAUUGGCGUGUUCAAAGGGAGCAGCUCUCAUCACAAGGAAACCUCUUCCAAGAGCAAACCGCCCUCGCAGCGCUUCAGCUCCACGGCGGCCCUCGCCGCGGGCCACGACGACUGAGGUGCCAGAUUUCGCAGCUCGCCAUGAACACAUGCAGCAACAGCUCUGAGCUCAGCUUUGCUGACGUUGCACUGCAGUGCUGCUGCCGACUGCCUUGCCACCAGCGGCUCGAGCGGCGGAAGUAUCUGAACCGCUACGUGACCCAGCCGGAGCCGUUCGUCUUCAACACCCCAGCACGCAGCCAGACUCGUCAGCCUCCAAUGCCAAAGGAUCCAACACAGGAUUGGAGAUACCGGAGAGCGGGCUAUCGUCCGCCCUCGCAAGGAGCGGCCGAAGGCCGUCGUCAGCGGGCCGUGCGUAUCGCCGAGGCAGAUGUCAAGCUGCGAAGCACACAGAAGGUCUUGAGCAGUCAGCUAGCGACGAUGAAGAGGCUUCAGGAACGACGUGAGAAAGAGCAACGUGAAAGGGAAGAGCUGGAGCAGGCACAGGCGGUGGAUGAGGAGAUGAAAGAGAGAGUCAAGCAGGCAGUUGGUCCCGUCGAGCCAAUGGCAAGAAAGAUCGAGCGCAUGGUUGAUGACAAGCGGCGUGGGCUGCAGAGGGUCCAGAGCCAGAAGCGCAAGGACAUCGACAUGAUUCUCCAACGUGCCAACAAUAGACCGCUCCUGAUGCAGCAGGCUCUAUAUUUUGGUUUGUUACACUGCAUUGUAUUCUGUUACACUAUAUUAUGUUCUACUAUAUUAUAUUAUGUUAUGUUAUGUUAA